CUUUCUCGUCUGGUUGAAUUCGGAAGUGUUUCCAUUUCUCUCAUUCUCUUGGUUGAUACACUUUUUGUUCUAUCGAUCCAGAAUAAUUUUCUAUUGUACCAUGAAGCUGGUUCCGGUGCUUCUGCUGCUGAUGGUGGCAUCAGCAGCGUAUGGAACUAUAUUUGGCAAUGGAGUUAAGUUUGUGCAGGAUUUGGCAGGGAAAUUGCGCCGGAGAAAUUAUAAGGACUUCCAGAGGAAGCUUUCGCCGGUGAUUUUCGUUCCGGGUGAUGGAGGCAGUCAAAUGGACGCAAUCAUCAACAAGGUGGACACUGUCCACUUUUUCUGCCAGAAAUCAACUGAUACGUACUUUAACCUGUGGCUAAACAAGGAACUGCUAGUGCCAUUUGUUAUCGACUGCUGGAUUGAUAACAUGAGACUGGUGUACAAUAGUACGACGCGCAAAACGGAGAAUGCUCCAGGCGUGACGACUAGGAUUCCGGGUUUCGGAUCUUCGGAGCCUGUCGAGUGGAUCGAUCCCUCGCACGCCAGCGUCGGAGCUUAUUUCGUCAACAUUGGAAACGCCCUCGUGCAGAACGGUUACAAGCGGGACGUCUCAAUCCGAGGUGCACCGUACGAUUUUCGUAAGGGACCCAGCGAGAACAAGGAAUGGUUCAUCAAGGUGAAACAUCUCGUCGAAGAAACGUACACGAUAAACGACGAUCAGCCAAUCACCUUCAUUGUGCACAGCAUGGGAGCACCGAUGACGCUGCUCUUCCUGCAGAUGCAAAGCCAGGAGUGGAAGGACAAACACAUCAAACGGGUUAUCUCGCUGGCCGGUGCCUGGGGUGGCAGUGCGAAGGCCAUCAAAUGCUACGCCGUAGGAGACGAUUUGGGUGCGUUCGCCCUGAGCGGUAAGGUCAUGCGGGCGGAACAAAUAACGAACCCAUCGUUGGCGUGGCUGAUGCCGAACCCGAUGAUCUGGAAGCCCAACGAGGUGAUGGUGCGGACGCUGUCUCGGGUGUACACCAUGGACCAGAUGGAGGAUUUUUUCAAGGACAUUAAUUUCAACGAUGGCUGGGAAAUGCGAAAGGAUUCGCUUCCGUAUGCGAUGAACUUUUCCGCACCAGGAGUGGAGAUUUACUGUCUGUAUGGAACAGGGAUUGAUACGGUUGAAAACCUAAACUACGAAAAAACGUACGAUCUGUCCGGCAAGCCGACGCUGGUGAUGGGUGAUGGCGACGGUACCGUCAACCGACGAUCGCUGGAAGCCUGCCAGUACUGGAACGGCCAGCAGAAGCAGCCGGUGCACCUGCAGGAGUUCCCCGGAGCCGACCACAUGCAAAUCCUGGCCAAUCUGGCCGUCAUGGACCGAAUCGUGAAGGUGUUGCUUUUCGAGUAGAGGGCGCGUGUUUUUUUUUUAUGCGGAAAAUAGAGAACAUGAGACUUGAUGAGUGGGAAUCGUAAUUGAAAGACGCUGAUAUAUGAGCUUUGUUUUUAAUGAUUUAGCAAGUUUGCGUGUUUAGAGCAGUAGUUUACGUGCGUAAAUGUUUUUUAAACCUCAAAAUAUAAUUUAAGUUGAAUAAACAAACUAUCUUUGAACAAAAUAAAAAAA